GACUCUUCGGUUCGAAAAUAAAGCUAAACAGCAUUUUAGGUAAAUCAAAACUGUCUCAAAUCAUUACUCAUAAGCGUCUUAACCGCGAACAAACGCUGAACAUCGCACACAUUUACUGUCAUUUCAGAUCACCUGGCUGCGCCGGCGCGACUGGCACAUUUUGUCGUCCAACCUGCAGCUCUACAUCCAGGACGAGAGGUUCCAGGUAACCCACCCAGGCGGCUCGGACGAGUGGAACAUGCACAUCAAACCGGUUCAGUACUCGGACGCCGGCAGCUACGAGUGUCAGGUGACUGACGGUGAGCAGGUGCUCUCCACCUUCAUCCACCUGCGAGUGAAGAGACCGCGGGCUCUGAUCAGCGGCACCCGCCAGUACCACAUGGUGCCCGGUAGCAGCCUCAGCAUCAACUGCACCGUCAUAGAGACGCGGUACCCGGUGCGGGUGGUUUCCUGGCUGAAGGACGACGUGCCGCUGACGCCGCCGCCACCUCCGCUGACGCCCGAUGCCGACGGGCCGCGGCUGACAGUGGAGACGCACCGCGGGGACGUCAACACCACGUCACUGCUGACACUGGCCGCCGUCGGAGCCGACGACUCGGGCGUCUACACGUGCCGCGCCCGCGGAGCAGCGCCUGACAGCGUCAAAUUGUUCGUCGAUAACGCCGACAAGACGGCCGCCAUCAGUCGGCGAAACAGCACCGGAAGCGCGCUCAGCGGCCGGGGGCCGGCCACCUGGCUCCUGCCGGUCACAGCCUGUCUGCUGGCCAGGUAGUGAUGACGUCAUACACACAUUACGUCACUGGUUAUUCAACGCUCAUUUUUCUCACUCACUGGCUCGCCUACCAGACGUCAUACCCCGUGUUGUGACGUCAAGUUAUGCGUCAAAUGACGUCAAAAGCGCACAUCAGUAGAACUCGCUGUGUAUUAUGUAACCACACCGCGCAAUUCAUUGCAUGGCGUCGGGCGGAGCCAUCGGUGUGACAAUUACAUUCGUGACAUCAGACGUGUCAAGUUCAUAGCGGAAGUUUGACGUCACCAGUGGACUGUGACGUCACCAGUGGUCCAUGACGUCACCAGAGGGCCGUGACUUCAGCAGUGGGCCGUGAACUUUUGUAUCGUCUGUGAUAAGCUGCGCUAGACCCGUCGUAAAACCGUGAAGACAGCUCAUGGGGCGGCAUUUUGUACUGAGACGGGUCAGCGCAGCUACUGUUUCUGGUCUCAGCUCAUAAGGACAGUGGUGAGAGCUGUUCAGAGACGAUUGAGAGCGUUCUACUCGUGUGAGCACAAUUGAGUGAGCGUGAGUUACGCGUGGGCACAAUUGAGUGAGCGUGAGUUACGUGUAAGCUGAGCUCGAGCUGUUGUGAGGGCCAAUUCCAGAUAAUGCUAGUGUUUAACAGUUAACUUAUGAACAGUCAGUGACGGUUGAGCUAUGUCAUGUGUUGAAGCAGGUAUAUUUGAGUGUGUGAUUGAUGAUUGUAACGCAUGUAAUGUUUAUAAUGUAAUUGUGUUGAUUUUGUGGAGGUAUAAUAGGGUUGGAAAAAGAACAGAGUUAACAAUCUUGAAUGUCAUAAUGGAAGCUGAUGAUGUGGCUGCGAUUGUUGAUAAUGUUGUUACAAAACAGUUUUGAUGAGUGAAUCUAUCGUAAUGACGAUUAUUGCAAAGGAGGUAACAAACCGCUGUAUAUGCCGGUGUUUAUUCAAAGAAGUGUACCUAUGUAUAAUGAUAUACUAUUCAUUGUGAAUGUAUGUUGAAGGUAUAAUGCGCUAUAUGAUUCAAGAGAUAACUUCGUGCUGGUACAAGAUAUUAUUUCAACCGUGAACUCUUUUUGGGCUGCUCAAAUAAUGCUUAUUCCAACUGGUAUUUGUUCCUUCUCGCUUAUAAAAGCCCCCUACUGUGCCCGUUUCAUAUCUGGUUGUUGUUUGUAAUGCUAAAAAUAGACAUAUUAUCUACAUGGAUGUAAUAAAUGCCUUCAACUUAUAGGUAUGGA